AUGGAUUCCUCUUCCUCAUCUUCUUCAUUUUGUGUUCUCACGGAGUUAGACAAAUUGUCUACGGGGAGUACUUUUGAGUUCUUUAACCAAGUGUACGCCGAGCUUGAAGAUACCGGCACCUCUACCGACACUCGUAGGUAUAUCGAUCGAGACCGGGAAGAAGCUUACGCGAUACUAAUGCGUGACUACUUCGUUGAAGACUCAAAGUUUGACGAACCAUUUUUUCGUCAUCGUUUUCGCAUGAGCAAGAGGUUGUUUUUGAAGAUUGUUGGUGAUAUUGAAGCCAACUUUAGUUACUUUAAAGAGGGAACUUCACGCGAGAGCAUGGAGUACUUUUGUGAUGCGGUCGUCAAUUUGUAUCAAAAGAAGUUCUUACGUAGGCCUACAUCUCAUGACUUGGCUCUCAUCACACAAGCUCAUGAAGAAAGACACCACAUUCCAGGAAUGCUUGGUAGUCUUGAUUGUACACACAUCGAAUGGGGCAAUACACGAGGGGUGAUCACAAGCAGUCGCCGUUGUUUCAAAACGAGCGUAAUGGAUCCGCGCCAGACAGUUCAUUUAGCGUAA